UCACCACCUACACCACUCCUUAAUCAAACAAAGUCCUUCAAUAUUAAGCACCAUUUCCUAGUCUACCCGUGUGCCCAAAAUUCUCUGUUUUUAAAGCACUCUUCUCUUUGUCUCUCAUCAUUUUCUUGAACAAUAUGGCUACUGGAGGAGGAGCUGGCUCCCCUUGCGGUGCAUGCAAGUUUCUCAGGCGAAAAUGUGCUUCUGAUUGCAUCUUCGCGCCUUAUUUUUGCUCUGAACAAGGCCCAGCCCGGUUCGCUGCUAUUCACAAGGUGUUCGGAGCUAGCAAUGUUUCGAAACUGUUGCUGCACGUACCGGUUCCUGACCGGUGUGAGGCUGUUGUGACAAUUGCUUAUGAAGCUCAGGCUAGAAUUAGAGAUCCUGUUUAUGGCUGUGUUGCUCAUAUCUUUGCUUUGCAGCAACAGGUGGCCUGCUUGCAAGCCCAACUAAUGCAAGUGAAGUCUCAACUGGCACAAAACGUCAUUGACUCAAGGAAUGCAGAAAGUCAAUGGCCUGGGAAUAACAUGGUUGGAAUGCCGGCAUUUCAGACUUAUCCAAACUGCAUGAACUCUUCUAUCUCGGCUCAGAGUUCACUGGAGUCCAUUGUCCAUGGCAUUGAUGGAAUGGGAAUGCAAGAGGUACAAAGCAGAGAUGAACUAUCUUUUCAACCCUACUCUAAGAAGAGACCUUCACAAACUGACCUUGGUGAGCUUCAAGCUCUUGCCCUUAGGAUGAUGAGGAACUGACUCAUCAUGAUGUUGACAAUGAUGAGCUUUUUGGCUUCAUGAUUUAUAUAUAGAGAGAGCCUUUGGAGAAACUUAGCAAUGCUAUACAAAUAAACCAAUUUUAUAUUAAAAAAAAAGUUUGACUAACUGAUGAUGCACCUAUUAUAUUAUUGUAAUAAGUCCUGUUUCAAAUUUUGAAAGCUCAAUAUCAUAUGCUAUCAUGUCA